AUGAAGACCUUUAUCCCCGUUGCGCUUCUUGCGCUCUCCCAAGCCACCUCGGCGUGUCUUCUUCCCCAUGAGCGAGACGAGGCGAGUGGCCUGAAGCCAGUCGUCCGCCGCCAGUCCAGCAACGGAACUCCCAUCGGCACCGGCGACAGAUUUAGCGGUGGCUCAACUGCGCCUCGAGGACUGGGAACUCAGUCCUCAUCCACCUCCUUCAGCACAAUUCUCAACGUCAAGGAGGUCACCAGCGGUCUGCAGGGCCUGGCCAACACGUACGGAGUUCAAACUUUCAACACUCCUUACAAGACGGCCCAGGGCGCAACCGUCGUCGGAGCCAAGGUCGGCGGUACCGGAGGUAACUGUACCGAUGCCUACCGCGUCUUCUUCAACGGCAACAUCCACGCCCGAGAGCGCGGCUCCGCAGACAGUGUGCUCUACUUCAUCUCGGAUCUGCUGUAUGCCAACGCCCACAACACCGGCCUCACCUACGGCUCCAAGACGUACAGCAACGCCCAGGUGAAGACGGCGCUGGCCGCGGGAAUCGUCUUCAUCCCGCUCAGCAACCCCGACGGCGUGGCCUAUGACCAGUCCACCAACAGCUGCUGGCGAAAGAACCGCAACCCCAACUCGGGCCAGUCCCCCGGAGUCGACCUGAACCGGAACUUUGACUUCCUCUGGGACUUCCGCAACCUCUUCGCCUCGUCGGCACAGUCCAGCGUUGGCUCGACCUCUCCUAGCUCCGAGACGUACCACGGUGCCAGCGCCUUCUCUGAGCCCGAGACCAAGAACAUCAAGUGGGUGUUCGACACGUACUCCAAAGUCCGCUGGUUCGUGGACCUUCACUCGUAUGCCGGUGACGUCCUGUGGAACUGGGGCAGCGAUGAGAACCAGGUCGACUACCCGACCAUGAACUUCCUCAAUGGCACCUACAACAAGGUCCGCGGAAUCCUGACCGACACGCCGUCUCCCGGCCGAGGCUACGGCGAGUAUGUCCCCCAGGCGGACCUGGACGUUAAGGAGGCCGCGGCCAAGCGCGUGGCCUCAGCUCUGACUGCUGGCGGCGGCCGCUCUUACACGGCCUUUCAGUCGGCGCAGCUGUAUCCCACCUCGGGCGCGAGUGAUGACUACGCUUACUCGAGGCACUUUUCCGAUCCUACCAAGAAUCUCAUCCACUCUUACACGAUUGAGUUUGGCUUUGCCAACAACGCCGCGUCUUGCCCCUUUUAUCCCUCUGUUUCCCAGUACAACUCGAACCUCAGGGCUACCAGUGCUGGUUUCAUGGAGCUGCUGUUGGCAGCCACCGACUACGGCCUUGGAGAUGCAACGACGUGUUAG